AAUGACAGUUUCUUGUUUAUGUUGUUGCAAUUACAGAAAUAAAAAUAUUGGUAUUUUGAACAAAAUGCCUACCUAUUACUACUACUUGAUAACUUGGGUUUUUAGUGAUAAGCCCAUAAUCUACCGCUGAAUGUUUGUACUAUGGAAAGAGUUCUGAUAAACGAAGACUGAUUACGUAAUACUAUCAUUGUUAUAAAAUAAUUUAGAACUCAAAACACCAAGGUUAAUUAAUAAUAUUCACGCUAAAUACACGUUAUCUUCUUAUUCUUUUUUAUUUAAAAAUUGUUCCUUAAGCUUCCAGUACUUACUAGCAAGCUACAAUUUAAGCGAAACAAAAUGACACAGCGUAGAAGAGUUCUGGAUCUAUUACGAACUAUAAAUAUGGCAUCUUGUCAAUGCCCUGCACACAGUCAUAGAGGAAAUAUCCAAGUCACAAAUGCAACACCACUUAAAGAUUAUGCAUUUGAGAUAAAAUGCUCAACUGUGAGGUACGGUUUGGGUGUUACCAAAGAAGUUGGACUGGAUCUCCUAAACCUUGGAGCUAAAAAUGUGUGUGUCAUGACAGACCCCAAUGUGGUCUCACUGAGUCCAAUGAAGGCUGUGCUGGACUCUCUCACUUCAAAGGGAAUCAAUUAUAAGGUUUAUGACAAGGUUAGAGUGGAACCAACUGAUUCCAGCUUCAAGGACGCAAUAAAAUUUGCAAAAGAGGGCAACUUUGACAGCUUUGUGGCUAUAGGAGGUGGUUCUGUGAUGGACACUUGUAAAGCAGCAAACCUGUAUUCUUGUGAUCCCGAUGCUGAUUUUUUGGACUAUGUGAACCAACCCAUUGGUAAAGGAAAGGAUGUUACGGUACAACUGAAGCCUUUGAUUGCAAUUCCCACUACAAGUGGUACAGGCAGUGAGACAACAGGCAUGAGCAUAUUUGACUAUGAAGAGAUUCAAGCUAAAACCGGCAUUGCUAACGCAGCACUGCGGCCUAUUCUGGCCCUCAUUGAUCCUCUGCAUACCCUUACAGUUCCGAAAAACGUCGCUAUAUUCUCUGGUUUUGAUAUAUUUUGUCACGCACUCGAGAGUUUCACAGCGAUACCGUAUUCAGAACGAGGACCGGCGCCAGCAAAUCCCGCUCUUAGACCUGUCUAUCAAGGAAGCAAUCCUAUAUCUGAUGUUUGGGCGAGGUUUUGUUUACAGACACUGAACAAAUACUUCUUCCGCUCGAUCAGCAACGCAGACGACAUAGAGGCGCGCUCCAGUAUGCACCUCGCGGCCACCAUGGCGGGCGUCGGUAUCGGGAACGCCGGGGUGCACCUGUGUCAUGGACUAGCCUACCCCAUUGCUGGGAAUGUUAAGCAAUUCGUGCCUGAUGAUUAUGGUAAGGACCCCAUAAUACCCCACGGUCUGGCGGUAGUAGUGACCGCCCCGGCCGUAUUUCGUUUCACAGCCGCCAGCGACCCGGACAAACAUCUAGAGGCUGCAGAACUCUUGGGCGCGGAUGUGACUGGGGUCAAACAAGCAGACGCUGGCAAAGUGUUAGCUGAUGUGAUCCUGCGGUAUAUGGAGAGGUUGGGAAUUGUGAACGGAUUGUUUGAGCUCGGAUAUAAGGCGACAGAUAUACCUAAACUAGUCGAAGGAGCAUUACCGCAGCAUCGACUUCUAAAGUUGACACCAGUACCACAAUCCGGAGAAGAUUUGUCCAAACUAUUAGAAGACUCCUUAACAGUUUAUUAAGCGAUGUAAUAUACCUAAUAUAAGCGAUUAUGUGGGACAUCUAUCUCCUGACUGCAUAUACAGUACAAUUUGUAGUACUGACUAGCAAUAGAUAUGCAUAAUUGAUUUUGUAAAUACCUUUUAAAUCAAAUAAACAAAAUUAAAAAAUAAUAAUAAUUAUAUUUUUAUAUGACAUUUACUCAUUUACUGUUUUACUCUGUUGACUAUUUUUUUAAUGUUAUUGUUUCAAAUGUGCUGGUAAAAUUAAAUAAAAGAAUUGG